AUGGCCUGCGGGGCCCUCUUUGUCGGCGCUUUAGCCCUCCUUCAAAUCCAGGCUGCACUCGCGGCUGUGCCGGUCAUUACCCUCGACAACGCGACGUUUACGGGGACUGUCGCUUCCAGCAACACACAGAGCUUCUUUGGGAUACCAUUUGCCCAGCCGCCUGUAGGUGAUUUGCGAUUCAGGAAACCUGCGCCUAUUGCGCCAUACACGGGCUCCUUUAAUGCCUCUCUCAUGGGGCCGUCAUGCCCCCAGCAGUUUACUCGAGUCCCUGUUGUGUCUGGCUCGCUGCAAGCGCUGAUCAGCAAACUGUGGGGAGACUAUUACUCGGGGAAGUAUCCCGACUCUGAGGAUUGCCUCACUAUCAACAUUAUAAAGCCAGCCAACGCCAACCCGAACUCGAAGCUUCCCGUUGCUCUUUGGCUUUUCGCUGGCGGUUUCGAGUUCGGUACCCCAGCCAGGUACGAUGGCACGCCCAUCGUCGAGCGCUCUAUUGCGAUGAACAAGCCUAUCAUAUAUGUCUCUAUCAACUACCGCGUCUCCGCAUUCGGGUUUUUGGGCGGGAAGGAGGUCAAAGAGGCCGGCGUGGGCAACCUCGGACUGCAAGACCAACGGGAGGCGCUUCGCUGGAUGCAGAAGUACAUCUCCGCUUUUGGAGGCGAUCCGAAGAAGGUCACCAUCUGGGGCGAGUCAGCGGGGGCCAUUUCGGUUGCCUUGCAUAUGCUCACCAACGGCGGGAACACCGAGGGUCUUUUCCGCGCCGGCUAUAUGCAGAGCGGGUCGCCGAUUCCAGUGGGGCCUAUCGACAACGCCAGCGGCCAGAAAUUCUAUGAUGAGCUUGUGGCCAAUGUCGGAUGCCAAUGGGAAUUCGAUACCCUCGCAUGUCUCCGGACUAUUCCCUAUGACCAGCUGAAGAAACAGGUGGAUGCGUCGCCGUUUUUCCUCGAUUAUCAGUCGCUUGUAUUAGCAUGGCUGCCUCGCGUUGACGGGGACUUCCUCGUCGACAACCCGCAGCAGCUUGUUCUUAAGGGCCAGGUUGCCAAGGUUCCCUUCAUUGCUGGGGACUGCGAUGAUGAGGGCACCGUCUUCUCGCUCUCGACGCUCAACAUAACAUCUGACGCCGCGUUCAACGACUAUCUCGCCACGAUCUGGGCACCGACUGCCCCAAACUCCACCAUCGCUGCCCUCGCUAACGCGUACCCGAGCGACAUCACCAAGGGCUCGCCGUUCGACACGGGCAUCCUGCAUGCGCUGACCCCGCAGUUCAAGCGAUUAGCUGCUUUCCAAGGCGACGCAGUCUUCCAUGCCCCGAGGCGGUUCUUCCAAACCCAGCUAUCAGGCAAGCAGAAGCAGUGGGGCUAUCUUAACAAGCGCAACAAGGCAAUCCCAUUUGUUGGCUCGUACCACACCUCUGACGUUUCAAACGUCUUCGGCGCGGGCGAGCUUACGGACUACCUCGUCAACUUCGUGACCGACCUCGACCCCAACGGCCCCACUGUCCCUGCGUGGCCGCAAUACUCGACUGACUCGCCCAAUUUGAUGACGUUCUACGAUGCGCUGCUGACGAAAGAUAAGACGGGGGUUUCGCAGGACACGUUCCGGGUCGAGGCAAUGAAGGUGUUGACGGAGGCGAGCUUGGCGUUCCCGAUAUGA